CAAUAUAUCCUGAUUUCCACAGAUUAUCUUGACUUCUAAUAAACUGUUUACUUUUUCUAACAAAAACACCAAAAAUUCGAGCUUUACAGAACAUCACCACUCGAUCUCUGGGGUGUUGAAGGACUGGGGCGGCUGACCAGCUCAGCAAAUAUGGCGGUCAUUUUUGAGAAUUUUCGCUUGACCUUGCUGGAAAAAUAUGGCAAUCAUUUUGUUUCUUUUCGUGGAAAGCACAGGUUAAAGUGCUAGAACCAUGUCUAAAGACACGGAGAAUGAAACAAGUCAGCAAGAUAAAGGAAAUUUAAGGGGAGAAGUUUUGUUGAGUGGUUUUAUUAAGAAAGCUUUGCUUGCUUUUACUCAGGUACUGCAUGUCUGCUUUGUAUGCAGUAUAGAUAUAAAUAUACGUGAGAUAUGAAUAUAUUGUUAAUAUGUCUCUUAUUACGAUUGUAUCACCUUUAUUUUGUAACAAUUUUUGAUGCUGCUCAAUGUCAGAAAUGUUAAAACGAACACGAGAAGAAAAUUCAAUUGUAUCCCUAGUUUUGUUUAUUUGCCACAAAACACAAGACUAUUACACAUAAUGACAAUAUUUAACAUGAUUUUUGUGCUCUGGUAGAACGUCCAAAGGGGUAGGGAGUGUAACUUCCAAUUUCUUCAAUGGGGGUGGGGGUGGUGUCAUUGUUAUGGUUCAUGAAAGGGAAUAUUAGUAUUGAGGUAUAAAUAACAUUUCUGAAAUAGGGAAAGACUAAAGAUUAUGACAGUCUGGUUCAAAAACUAAUAAUUUGUAAGGAUAAGGUAAGUGAUCAAAAUACCCUUGAGAUAAUUGCUGAUAGUGGUGAUGGUAAUGGUGGCGGUCGUAAUUGUGAUGGUUAUAGAGUUGUGGUGAUAAUGGUGAUGGUGGUGAUGAUGGUGAUGAUUAUGUUGGAUAUGGAAAUGUCAGAUGAUAUUGUCAGUGGUGGUGUUCAUGAUGGUAGUGGUGAUGAUGAUGGUGAUUGUCAUGGUGGUGAUGGUAAUGGUCAUGUUGGUUAUGGUUAUGUUGGUUAUGGUUAUGUUGGUUAUGGAAAUGAUCAAUAUUGUCAGUGGUGGUGUUCAUGAUGAUGGUGGUGAUGAUGAUGGUGGUGAUGAUGGUGGUGAUCCUAAUGGUAGUGAUGAUGGUAUAGUUAAUGGUGAUGAUGGUAAUAAUGGUCAAAGUAAUAUCAUGAUAAUUGUGGUGAUGAUGAUAUUGGUGAUCAUGUAGUGAUGGUGAUUAUGAGGUGACAUAUUGACAAGGGUGGUAUUGUCAAAUACGUUGUGUGUUUAAACUCUCUACUCAAUCUUUGGAACUCUAGCCUGCUGAUAUGAGAAAGUAUUUGCAUGGAUUGAAGAACUGUAUUUCCAGUUUGACCAAGGAAUAUGACACCCUGGUUGGUGCUGCUUUAGUAAGUUUCUUAGAAAUGAAAGUAGAUGGAGGGGGUGUUGGGGGGGUCAAAGAACAAACUUAGUGAAGGAAGGUAGGAUUGAAGAACUGUAUUUCCAGUUUGACCAAGGAAUAUGACAAAAGGAAUGGAAGGAAAGGGAGAUUGAAUGCGAGAGAAAUGAAAGAUUAAAGAUGAAAGAGGAAAAUGAAAAGGCCGUAUGGAAGAUGAGAAACAGGAACGUACAAGAAAGAAAGGGGAAAAUGAACAGAAGGAGAAAUAACUAAGAGAAUGAUGAUAGGAUUAAAUGGAAGAUAAAGUUUGAAUGAAAUUAUGAAAGAAAACGAAAUACUUGAGACAUGAACGAAGACAAAAGAUUAGUGGAAAAUUCAUGGAAUGUUUGAUGAAAUAAACAAAUGUUACAAAUAGGGAUGAGCCGAUAAGGAAAAUUGCCGAUUACUGAGGCCGAUUAUUUAUUAGCUGAUUAUUGUAACUAAUCGGCCGAUUAAUCGGCACCCGCCGAUUAUUUUACAAAGCAAGUGAAAAAUCACAAGAUGACCAACAAUGAAGUUGUAAAUGCGGUUUUAUUGUUUACAAUACACAUUAUGUACAACUGAAAACAGCUUCAACUUGCAUGUCAAUAGCCAAAGUUUAGUUUUGGCAUAUUAUGGUGUAAAAACAGGAUAUUUUCAGCUAUGCGGAGCUAGUCUGCUGCGUUUUUCAGUGGAUUGAAAUGUUCCCAGCUUCACUUUGCUCGAGACAAAAGACACAGGUUUUGCAAUAAAAUGUGAAAAUCUAUUCGUUUGUAUUCAGUAUUUUAGCAUGUGCUUGGCAGCUGCAGAAAAAGUCUUAUGGCCGAUUAUCAAGCAAUAAUCGGCCGAUUACCGAUUAUUUAAAAAACGGCCGAUUAAUCGGCUUUGCCGAUUAUUUACCGAUUAAUCGGCUCAUCCCUAGUUACAAACCAAGCUAAACAAUCUCUUUCUUUUCCAUAAUAUUGUAGUCUCUGCCUUGGUCAGAUAAGGAAGACGAAACAGUGGAUGAAUUUGUGGACUUCCUGAUGAACCUUGUUUCAUCUCAAACUUACUAUCUUCAUGCUUGUCUCAAGAUGUUGAUCAAGAAUUUCUCACCAUGUAAUGAUUUAUACUCGCUUUCUUGAUUGUUUUAAAAGUCUUAUAAGACUUGAAGUCUUAUAACCUUUACACUAUUCCGGAUAGCUUUUCGUAGCGGCGCGAAACCUAUCCGAUAUGGAAUGUACAACGUUCAGAAGCUGAGUGAAACAACAUCUCUCCGUUGCAAAAAUUCCUCUGAAAAUAGCGUUCCUAAAAGAUACGGUUAGGUGUGUUUUCACGUCGUUACGGAAAGGUAUCUGGUACAGUGUGAACGUAGCCUAGAUCAAUCAAAUUGAUUUAAUUUUUGUGUUUAGAUGUCAAAAAGGGAUCAACGUUGGAGGAAAUUGACUUAGAUGGUAGGUAACACUCGCUAGAUCAACAUAAACGCAACCAAAAAUAGCAGUGUCCGUCUCAUAUUCAUGCCAGAAGGCGUAGAGAUGCAUUUUUCACAACUGCCCCUGGUUAGAUCUAAAAAUGGUAUAUAGUCUUCUGCUCAAAACAUUCAUCUACAAGAAGUCGUCAACUGUUCGUUCCAUCGAGCGAGAUGCCUAAAGAAUCACGAUAUUAACUCAGCAAAUGUCUAUUACAGUACAUAGUUAAUUCAAUGUGUUCAUUUGUAGAACAACAAAAGCGAUUUCAAAAUACCCACAAAGCGUUGCAAGUUGUUGUCGAAAUUGUUCCAACGUAAGUCAACCAAACGCCGUGAAUAGAUCUUUUUAAAAAGUUUGCCUUCUGACACAGUUUGCGGAGAAAUACGAUCAUCCGAAAACUACGUCACAAGGCAGACUUUUUAAAAAGGUCUAUUUUUGAGAUAACCUUUGGGGUUAAAACGCCAUUCUAUAUAACACUUCAGAAGCGAGAAACUAUACUUAACUCUGUUUAUUUUGCUCCAAAUACAAAACAUAUAAAGAAUUAACGUUAUUUUAGCACGCUGAUAAUCGUUAGUUGGCCUCUGUCUGCUGCACGACAGUGCUUCCAGUAAUCUGUGAAUAUUAAUCUUAUGAAAUUGUCAAAUAAACAAUUGUGAUUUUACUUUCCAGAGCUCCAGCGUAUUUGUUACCAGUGAUAGUCCAGGGGUAUCUCUAUCUGAAGAGAUCAGUGACGCACCAUGUAAGAUUGACUAUAUAACCGGAACGAUAGGUGUUAGUUUAAAUGUUGAACUGUAAAUUUACCAUUAUAAAAACAACUAGAAUACUAAAAAGUUGUAUUUCGUGGUGCUGAGACUCUCAAACGUGAGAGAGGCAGUACCCCAAAAAAUGGCUGGGAAAUGGGUCGUAAAGGCCGUUUUCCACUAGGCGGAAUUUUCUGCGCGGAGCGGAAUUUCUCUUUGUCUUUUCUAAUUAGUUCCACCCGAGAAAUCACAAGACAAAGAGAAAUUCCGCUCCGCGCGCAAAAUUCCGCCUAGUGGAAAACGAAAUGAUCAUGCAUUUCUGCACAAAACAUGCUAUUAUUUCGAAUACUGAAACUAUUUUCCUCCAGAAUAUGUUUUGAUCACCAUCUUUCAUUCUAUAUUUUCACCAGGAAUUUUAUGUGAAGAAUUUGCUUGAACUUUCGGAGUACGUCCCCAGUUUACACGAAGAUAUUUUGGAAGUGAUUUGCAGUCACUUUCUGAAGAUUGACGUAAGUCUAAAAUCGUCGUUGCUUUAAUGAAUGAACGUGUUAAAAUAAAUGAAUGGAUUUGCUUUAUUGGUGAAAAUUGUUGAAUGAAUGAAGAUGAUGGUAAUGGCGAGACUUUGGUGACACAGUAGUCAGAGCUUGCGUCUUUCAACUCUGAGUUCGUGGGUUCGAUUCUCGCUACGGACUCAUGUGAAAAGAGUCAAUCAACGCUCUGCCGAAAGUCGUGGGUUUUCUCCGGGCGCUCCGGUUUCCUCCCACAGGGAAAGUUGACAGGGUGAGUUAGGAUAAACACAGUUAGGAACGUUAUGUCACAAUUGUUGUAAAGAUAAAUAGUCUAGGUUAAGUAUGUAAUUAGGUAAGCGUAAUAGUAAUCGGUGGUGUUGAUGGUGAUGAUGGGAGUACUGAUGGUGAUUAUACUUGUAGUAAAGCUGUAAAGGUGAUGAUGAUGGUGAUUAUUUCUGAAUAAUUGAAUAUAUAAUUGUUGAUGACGUAGGUUGAAAUCCCAAAACAAGAACUGGAAAAUGCACAAGAUGAUAUCACACAGUUUGAUGUCGAAUUGGUAAGUAUUAGCAUACACACGAGAGAGUGAAAAGAUUCAAAACACCGAAAAACUAGAUUGAACUGGUACACUAGUAUCUGUAGUAACUGUAAGUGACUAAUUAGAACGAGGGAAAGCGUAGUUGGAACACACAAUUUAUUCUAUCAUUAAAAAACGCCAAUAUUCUUGACGCGAUCCUACAGGAGCCUGAUAGUGACGAAGAAACGACGAAAACUGAAGACGAAGAAAAGACUGAAAAAAUGCAGAACGAAAUGGCGGAAAAAUUAGAUAUUCUUAUGAAUAUGGUGUUUGAAUAUAUUAAGAAGGCUUGUUAUAAUGAAGGUAUGAGCUGUAAAACAGAUCUAGAUUUACCAACUUCCCGAAUUUCCUGUGAAACACAUGUAGAUAAUUUAGACUUCAAUGAUCUUGUUUCUUGCACUUCACUUGGUGGAAUUAAUAUUAGAAUGCUGUUUUUAGGGUUAGUAAUCCAAGUGAGUAUAUAUACACUUUUAAGACCUGACCAGGACAACCGGCACACCCGAUCACCUAUAUAUACAUGAACUUACGGUUACAGCUCAACAGCUGGCCUCUGUAGCUCAGUUGGUUAGAGCGCUGCACCGGAAUCGCAGGGCCGUAGGUUUAAUUCCUACCAGAGGACCUUGUGCUGCUUUUUUCGCAGUCCUUCCUGGUCAGGUCUUAAAAGUGUAUUAUAUACUCACUUGGAUUACUAACCCUAAAAGCAGCAUACUAGUGCAGAUAAUUUACCAUUAUUAAUUUAACUUCCCGAUGAAAGGCCUUCGCUCGAAUCUUGUUACCAAACCAUUUGCUGGGAGUUCUCUGACGGGCUGUAAAAACCAAGUCCUAUACUACUUCCAAUGUGGUGACUCUACCAAACACCGCAUGUUUUAUAAAGGAUUGGUAGUACAUCUAAAGGAAGAACAGUAUAGAACUGACAGCGAGAAAUUCAAUCACAUUGAUUUAGGGUGCGCACAACUCUUUGGCAUUUUUUUCUUUAGAAAAAUAUAACCUGGAUUCUGCAUCAGAUUUGUUCGACAAGUUACUUGAGGUAUUACAUGGUUUUACUGUUGAUUGAACAUACCAGCUAUGGCGCAAUCUUCUCACGCGUGACUGUUUGCAGAAGUGAACAGCAAAUAUUUUUCUGUACAUAUAAAAGAUUUGUAUAGUAUUUCCACUUUUAAAAAACAUGAUAGAAUUUUUGCUAAGAAGAUAAUCUCUAUACGUCGCAUAAUACGCUCAUUCAAGUAAAAUAUUGUAUUUAUUUCAUUACUGUUUGAGGUGACCUCGCUAGAUAAGCCCAGUGGUUUCAUGAGCUCUCCUCGCCAACAGCUAUUUUCUUUUGUUCUUUUCUUUGUAAUUGUAUUGUAUAUGCCUAUGGCGAAUUAAUUAAAGUUCUCUUUCUUUUAGGUGUUUUUAAAAGUUGUAUUUCCAACUCACGAUUCUUGUCAUGUACAGUUUUUGAUAUUUUAUAUUUGUAGCUUUGACCAGGUUCGUCUUUUUUAAACUUUCUUCCUAUUUUGUAUCCGCUUUUAUAUUCCAACUACGCUUUUAAAACCAUUUCAUUUUUCCAGAUUUUUGUAAAUAAAUUUCUUGAAGUUUGCUGGACAAAGGUAGGUAAAUGUUAUUUAUCUUGUGAUAUAAGGUCAAGGGAAACUUGUGGUGUAUUAAAAGAUGUCAAAUCUUGUUCUUAUGAAAUAAUUUGCCUUGAUGAUCGGAAACCCCGUUUUCUCUGAUCACCGCAACUGUGGGUGCUCACCAUACACCCUCUCGACGAAGGAUUUCAAAUUCACAACGAGAAUUGCUUAUAUAGCGUGGGGCCGGUUGUCCAAAGACUGAUCAGCGCUAACCCUGGGUUAAAUUUUAACCUGCUGUUUUUGGUUAUGUAUAGAAGCAUGAUGAUAGAAAAUAAAACCUCUAUUGAACCAGAAAAGAUUUCUGGAAAAACAUAACUUGAUUGAUGAGCUGUUGGAAAAUUUAAUUUGUAGAACGACCAGUUCCAAUAUAGUGUAUUCACCAUGAAAAGAAUUUCACCAAAUCUUUACUUUCUUUUAGUUUCAAGACCCCAAUACCCCACUCAUUCUACGACAAAUAGCCGCGGCGUAUAUUGGUAGCCUGGUAGCUAGAGCUAAUUAUAUUACGUUAAGGUACUGUAUUUGUGAAAUUCAUGGAUAAUCAAUAACCCUUGCACCCAAAAAUAUUAACCCUGUUAAUAUUUUUCAGGCAGUUAGACCAAGCUCGCAAAUACUUUAACUGCUAUACAUACACCGGAACCCAACACUUAAAUGAACAUUUCAAACUCAAUAAUUCACGAGUACAUUAGCCAACCAUAUUGCUUUAUUUUGCUCACGUCAGUCACAUGAUAAUACUGGAUACCUCAUUCAAAUCCUCCAAUCCUCAGCUUCGUCUUGGACUUGAUCAAAUUGAGAGGACUUGAAAUCUAGUCCAGUCCGAGGAUUUGAAAUAUUACAUAUCGUUUAUUGUAGUGUUGUACAGACGUGUUUGGAGUUGCUGGUGAACUGGAUUCAUGGGUAAGUAUGAUUUCACUUGCUAGCCAUUACAACAUUUGCGAUUAAGAUUUCUAAAGUAUUGCGCAAAUUUCUAUGUGGGUAUAAUCAAAUGCGCUUUACAUCAAGUAUUAUACGCUUACCUAACUACAUACGUACACGGCAAAAAACUCCGAGCCCGCUGUGACAACUAUGAACAAUGUGGGCAUUUUAUCUUUACAACAAUUGUGAUAUUAGUUUCUUAACUGUGUUUAUCCUAACCCACCCUGUCAACUUUCCCUGUGGGAGGAAACCAGAGCACCCGGAGAAAACCCACGACUUUCGACAGAGCGUUGACUCACUCUUUUCACAUGAGUCCAUAGCGAAAAUCCAACCCGCGAUCUCAGAGGUGAAAAGACGCUUGUUCUGACGACUGUCACUGGAAACCCCACUUAAAAUCAAAAGCUUUCUAACUCAUGUGAAUUUUUUGUUGUUAGUUAUAUUGAUGAGUUUGACAGCACAUCUGGGAAACCCGAUGUGAAUAAGCACGGUCAUUUUUACUCCCUUUGUCAAGUAAGCGAGAUUUUUGUAAAAAUCGAAUACUUCUGAAGUCUUGGAAUUUUUGUCUUCAAAUAAGUGCUGACAUGGUCAUCUUUAAACUAGCACGAUUUUGAUAAAGUUUCAAAGUAUUUUUAAUUUAUCUAGGCGAUAUUCUACAUUUUCGUGUUUUGUCACCCUCAAUUACUGGGACACAAAGAUGGUAAUUUGCAUAAAAGUUUGCGCUGCUUGUUCCGAGCUUGUUGGCAAGUUGUCAAUGGCUUGUUGACAACUUAGUAUAAGGUUGUUGAGCUCAACAGACUUGUUACAAGUUGUUCCAACAAUUUGUUAUCGUCCUGCAACCUGAUAAAAUAACAGCAUUGUUACAACUUUUUGACAAGCUUGCUACAAGCCUGUUGCAACACAUCUUAUUGACAAGUUGUGAGAUUUUUACGUGUUGUAUUAUUCUGUAUUUUGAAACUAAAGGUAUUUUUAUUUAAAGAAAUCGCUUUCUUUUGCAGGAAUUAAAUUUGUGCGGCGUCUGAACUUUGAGAGAAUUGUAACAUGUAAACUUAAUCCUUUGAAGGUGCGUCCACAUUUUUGUGCAAAGAAAACUCGUCUUUUCUACUCUCUAUAUUGUCUGCUACUGUAUAUCUUGGAUUUUUCAAGAUGGGAAAUUGGGCAACGCAGGGAUUUUUAUCUUGUUUUAACAGCUUCUAUUGGCAAAACAAUUCAAUGAUUUUCAAAUUCUUUUUUCAAGGUUUGUCUUUCCACUGUUGUAAAAAUGUUCGCUCUUGUAACAAGGUAAAAAUAGAAAAAUAAUUUAAACUUGUUCAGUAGUCCAAAUUUUAAAUUAUGAUUUUGUUUUUCAUAGGACAAACGAGGUUGUAUUUUGCUACACCAUUAUUGAGAAGAAUAACCGAAGUAUUUUACCUGUCGCCUCCUCAUCAUUCUCUUCAUCUGUAGCUAAGCUUAGUUUACUCAAUCAGUUGGACUCAUUUUUCCCAUUUGAUCCUUACUUCUUGAAGAGGUAGGAAGCUAUUGAUUCUUGAAUAGUUAAGAACAUACGAAUUCUAAUCUAAUCACUGAAUCUAAUACGUUUCCUCCAUAGGUAUCUUAUAUAUAUACACUAGAUAGUGCAUCUAAUUACUCUGCAAUUCAAAAAUUGAAGUCGUGAUUGCAGACUCAGGAUAUUCCCAUGAAAUGAGAAGACUCGUGUGUUUUCUAUUUCUUAAACAGGGAACUUAAACAUUAAGUUAAACCUAUUCCAAAUACAUUUUUAAACUAUUCAAAUGAUGAAAGUUGUUGUUUUUUAAGCGUUUAUUAGCGAGUGAAGUACAAAAUUUCGACUUGAAACUUCCAUUUAGUCCAUUUACAAAACCCUUGUGCUUUGUUUCGCCAGGUCUCGGAAAUGUAUCGUUGAUAUUUACCGUGAAUGGGAGGACCUAGAGCCUGAUCAUGAUGAAGUAAGUCUACAUACUGUAUUUAAGCUCGUUACAGACGAGCAAGGUUUCUAUGACAAGUUUUUAUGUGACAACUUUUAAUUAUUUGCUCGUCUGUACGCGCAAUUAACUUUGACAUUUUUUUCUAUGACUUGUGCACUUGUUCAAAAGCUAGCAUGCUAGCUUUUGAACAAGUGCACUUGUCAUAGAAAAAAUUGUCAAAGUACAAAUAUUGUUCGUCUGUAUGGGUCAACAAAGAAAACUUGUCAAAAUAAUCUGAGCAUUUGAUGUGAUUGGUCAGCUGGCUACUAAUAAAUGCUCAAAGUAAACUUGUUGAUACGUUCACACCAGUAAAUAAAACUUGUCAUAUAAAAUUUGUUGCAUAUACACACGUGCACUUGGCAAAUAAAACUUGUCACAUAAAAACUUGUCAUAGAAAACUUGCUCGUCUGUAACCAGCUUUACACUGUCAGAGAGGUUUAGAUAGGAACAAACUUUUCCUUGGUAGAGAUGCAUUGAUGCAACUGCCUGAAAAAUACAAGGAGAAUUUCGACGUUUCCAGCGAAGGCCCUUCGUCUGGAGUUAACUCUAAAAGGUAGUUGCAUACCUACCAAGGAAAGCUUGUUCAUAUUAUUGCCACUACCUACACUGACACAGACAAUUCAAGGUUUAGAUAUGACUACCACUAAAGGGAGCAUUGGCAACCAACAACGGCAGAAAACAAAGUUACUUCCAGUUUUGAAUUCGAGCCAAAGCGUACUUUACUAAACUUUAAUUGCCUCUUCAAGGAACAUAUCUUUCUUUUGAACGAGCUUUAAGUAACAAUAGUUGGUGAAAUCAUAUAUAGAACUGUCCAAAAUCUUCCCAACCUCAGUGUAAAACUAACAACUUAAAACAUGAUUUGAUCUUCUGGAAUACAGGAUGAAGAAAAUGAUGAUUACCUGGAUCUUGGCAAGACUCCAGAAUCUCUACCUAUGACGUCACUCAAUUCAUUGAGUGGAAUGUCGAUAUCUCCUGGGUUUACCAAGACUUGACAUAUGCAGAAGAAAAUAUCUAAACAUCUGUCAAGUCUCUACCUAUGAGAUCCCUCAUUUCAUUCAGUGCAAUGUCGAUAUCUCCUGGGUUUAGCAAGACUUGACGUAUGCAGGAGAAAAUAGCAAAACCUCUGUCCAGUUUCUACCAAUGACAUCCCUCAAUUCAUUGAGUGGAAUGUUGAUAUCUCCUGGGUUUAGCAAGACUUGACGUAUGCAGGAGAAAAUGAUGACUAACUAAACAUCUGUCAAAUCUCUACCUAUGGCUUAUUCAUCUUGUGUAUUUUCUGGGUUUAGCAAGGUUUCGUGUAAACUAUGCAGUAGACGCAGAUCGCUAAGCACCACCUGAUUGAAGAAGCUUGUUAUCAGAGUGAGAAAAUGAGUAUCUAUAUAACACUUAACAACGGUUUACCUCAACUCAAGGUUUGUUGUAAACCCUACAUUGUUUCAAUCAAAUGUGAGAUAUUGAGUUGUACAGGUUUAUACCACUCAUUUCAACUUCACACUGAAGGGGGUUGAUGUUAGAUAUUUUGUAAAGAUGUGUGACAAAAUCAAAGUCAUCCCUAUAGUGCAAAGUAGUAUGGGCACUCAACUUAUUCCCAAACUGAAGGCUGGUUUUACACUAUCAAAGUUUUGCAUAGGUAAAGUUUUGAAGGAUUUGUAACAAUUGUUUAAGGAAACUGACUUAACAUUGAGUCAGUUUCCUCAAACAUUUCUUACAAUCCUUCGAAACUCAGAAUUUGCCCAUGCAAAAUUCCUACUGUGUGAAACUGUGUAAACCAGGCUAAGGCAACAAAAAACACAAGACUAAACUGUAAUAAAAUAUUUAUUGUAUUUUUGUUACAUGCCAUGGCUGUGCCUCUUCUGUGAUACAAAUUGAAGAGAAAAGAUUUUAUUUUAAUGAAUUGUUUUUGAUUAGACAAAAUAAGAAUGUUAGGAUUAUAUGUGUGGGUAAGGCUCAACAUAGUUCAUAUAAUACAAGCCAGACCUAUUAUUCCCAAUGUCCAUUAGUUUAUGUUUGGAAACUAAUACCUAACUAUAAACAACUAUAUUGUGUCUUUUUACAACUAGGUUAAAAUCAUCAAUGUAGAUCAUAAGAUCACAUGUUUUCACUUGAAAUAUUCACAAUCCAGUGAGUGUGUGGUUCAGAACCAUUUCUAAAAACUGGCA